UUUCAACAAAAAAAUAAAAGGAAUCAUGGCAGCCAAAGCAAAAGAUAGAUAGAUGUUGGGUUACAAUAAAGAAUGACAGAAAAGGAUAGAAGCACGUUGCCAAGUCACAAACUGAACCAAAAAGCUCUUCUUCACUCUUAACAAUACAAAUGAAAAUAUUUUGCUCUCUUCCUCCACCUCUUUCAUAUUUUCAGUUUUCUUUGUUCAUGCAAGAUCCGAAGAAUGAUUCAAACACAAGAUGCAGGAAGCCAUGGUAUCAAAGAGCAAUGGAUGUAACUAGCUUAUGGAGAAUCAUUCCAAAAUCAACAAAUAUUUCAACAUCUAAUAAUUCAACUUUAUGGAAGGCAAUUCCAAAAUCCCCUCAAGUUCCUACACAAAGUUCUAAUAACAAUAAGACCAAGCUAAGAAAAUGUACAUCUCUAAAGGUGGCAACAUCUUUUACAAGGGUUUGUCUUUGUGCACCUAUUUAUUCCUAUAAUGAGAUUUUGAGAAAUGAAGUUCCACCUAGAAGAAGCAAUAGUUAUCCUAGAUCAUCAAAACCAUUGCAAACAACAUCACAUGAAAUUAGAACUCAUAGUGCUAGGCUUAGCACAGAGGGAUCAAGAAGGAUUUUUAGGGGUAAAUCAUUGACUGAUGAUGUUUUAAUGAAAAGGUUUGUUAUUGAGGAAGAGGCUAUGAUGCAAAUUAGAAGAAGAAAUCAAAUGGAAGUUAUUAGGAAAAGGAGUGUGAUGAGGAGAAAGAGACUUGGGCCUAGUCCUCUUAGUAGAAUGGUUCUUGCAGAUGAUAUUGGACAGUUUUAAUUAAUUGAUUAGUCCCAUUCUUGUAAGAGAAUUUCUUAUAUCACCCUCCAACCUUCUCGCGCACCCUAUUUAGAUGAUAAAAUCUAAAUAAAUGAUGUACUUUGGAGGAUGUUUUAUGCUUUUCAGAUCAUAAAAUCUGAAAUUCAUAGGGCACGCGAUAAAUUGUGGGAAAAGAAAUGGUCUUCUUGUAAUAUCUAAAUCUAAUUGGUGAAUUUUUUUUCUCUUUCCUUUAA